CGGAGCAGACGAUAUGCUGGAUAAAUCAAAACACGGAACUCGGGACUCCUUCAAUAACUUAGUAGAAUUCAUGCCUGCAAUUACCGUAUAUAGAUGAAAUGAAGAAGAAAGUUGUCCUCUUGAAAGCAGCCAAAGGAAAAAUUGAAGAUGACUUAUAUCUUAAGGUUCUGAGGUCAGAAGGUCUUUUAGUUACACUUAUUCAAGUUCUAAGCUUCAAAUUCUUCAACUUAAAGGAGCUUUAUGAACAGAUCGCCCAGCCAGAAAAGUAUGGUGGCAUAAUCUUUUCAAGUCCAAGAGCUGUUGAAGCUGUUAACAAAUCCAUUGAGAACAACUCAUCAUUAAAGGAGUGGCAGGCCAACCUGAUUCCUAAAUGGCAUUCGCUCCCUGCCUACACUGUUGGCCAAGCCAGUGGUGAAUUUGUAAAGGAACUUGGUUUAAUCCCCAUUGGUGCUGACUCAGGAAAUGCAGAAAAUCUUGUUAAAACUAUCAAGACAGGCUAUGCUCCCAGUGGUCGCCCUCUCCUUUUUCCGUGCGGUAACCUUCGUAGAGAAACUAUACCCCAGUCAUUGGACGAUGAAGGAAUAUCCUUUGAAAGUGUCACUGUGUAUGAAACAACAGCACAUCCAGAGAUAGAUGAAUCAUUUAGAAACUUAAUUAAAAAUGAAGGUGUCCCAGAUUAUAUUGUAUUCUUUAGUCCGUCUGGUGUCCGAUUCUCCUGUGAAGCCAUUUCUUCACUUAUUCCAGCAAUGGAUGAAAUCCAGUUUAUUGCGAUUGGUCCAACAACAAAAGAAGCCAUGGAGAAAAGCGGCUACACUGUGACAGCUACGGCAGAGAGUCCAAGCCCAGGAUCACUACUCAAGAUAUUAAUAUGAUGGUUACCAAUCUAACUGUUAGUUCACAAGGAUUCUUGGUUUCUCAUGAAAGUGCGGAAUAUUGUGCUUACCCUACAUGUGUUUGUAGGGAGUCCAUAUUUCGAUAAUAGACCUACCUCAAAAUUAUGUAUCUAAACUUAUAUAAUAUACUAGCUAUUAAGCUAAUAGAAGAUUGCACUAUAUAACUAUAGAAUUUAUAUUGAUUGUAAAGCCCAAUGAACAAAAUUAUUAGUUUAUAAUCCUACCAAGACUGCAAUGAUGUGAUUUUUAAUUUUGCUAAACCAAAUACAGGUCUUCCUCCAAUUAAAAACUGCUUUCGGGACAAGGAUUUUCCCUUUUCUUUAG